AUGAAGCGUUAUCAACAGCACACCCACGCAAGCUGGCAUCGUGCCUACGCAGGUAAAUUCGAUUGCCCUUGGUGUCACGAACAUCCUCAGCGGUCAGGAAGCACAACACCCCAGAACCAGAACCAUCAACGCAAGCUCGCCAAGGGUUCAGAUACCAGCAGGACAAGAGCUACCGCCACGCCCCUCGGACACCACAGACAGCACAGCUCGAGCUCCGGUUCCCCCCGCAAAUACAAUGGCGUCCCGUCUGAACCACAGACCCCAGAAGCAGCUCGGCACACAGUGAAUGGCCACGAGGCCUCCCCCGGCCAGGAAUCCGUCGAUGCAAAUUACGCAGAAUACAACGGGCGCACUGUACGGCACAAUGGGUUAAAUGGCGCUUUCAUGGCCGAGACACCACGUCCGCCGCUUCCCGAGGCGUGGACGAAGGACACUGAGGAACAACAGCACGAUGCCAUGGCUUGGAGCGGAUCGACGGCACAAACACCGCCCUCUGGGCUAGAAACGCCUAGCGACUUCCGAGCUUCCGGUGACAAACAAGUCGACCCCCCGGAGUUGACUGUGCAGCAGGUUGAGGAGUCUUGA